GUGCAAUAUACUCCAGCAUGAGACAAGCAGUCCUGGUUCUUGCCUUAAUCGGCAUUUCAGCAUGUGCCCGCCUCGACUACCUACCUCCAGGACGCGGUAACGCAGGUGGUGGUGGACCAGGUGGUUACCCAGGGGCCGUAGCGCCAGGCCCAAGCGGUGGCGGAGGCGGCGGUUAUCAAGGUGGUGCCGGAGGUGGAUAUCAAGGAGGCCAAGGAGGCGCAGGCGGUGGUUAUCAAGGUGGUGCAGGAGGUGGUUAUCAAGGAGGUGCCGGUCAAGGAGGCUAUCAAGGUGGUACUGGAGGAGGGUAUCAAGGAGGUAGUGGAGGAGGAUAUCAAGGAGGUAGUGGAGGCGGGUACCAAGGAGGUGCAGGCGGAUAUCAAGGAGGCGGCGGCGGUGCUGGAGGUCGCGGUGGAUAUGGAGGUGCUGGUGGAGCAUACAGUGGAGCAGGCGGCGCUGGUGGCGCUGGCGGCAGACCAGGCGCUGGUUCUGAAAUCCCCAUAAUUCGUUAUGAAAAUAACAACAACGGUGAUGGUACCUACAACUAUCUAUACGAAACUGGAAACGGUAUCAAUGCUGAUGAAAGUGGUGACGCUCGAGGAGACGGUACUCAGGCUCAAGGUUCAUUCAGUUACACAUCUCCCGAUGGUCAACAGAUCCAAGUAUCAUACACCGCUGAUCAAAAUGGUUUCCAACCCCAAGGCGCUCAUCUUCCAACACCUCCCCCAAUCCCACCAGAAAUCCAAAGAGCUAUUGAUCAAAACCUCGCUGAUGAAGCCAGAGGAAUCGUUGAUGAUGGCCAAUACAAACCUGGUGCAGAUGAAGGUCAAGGUGGAUACUCAGGAGGUCAAGGUGGAUAUUCAGGUGGACAAGGUGGAUACUCAGGUAGUGGACAAGGGGGAUAUUCGGGAGGUGGACAAGGGGGUUAUUCUGGUGGUCAAGGAGGACAAGGAGGAUAUUCAGGAGGACAAGGAGGACAAGGAGGACAAGGGGGAUAUUCAGGAGGACAAGGAGGACAAGGUGGAUAUACUGGGGGUGGUGGCCAGGGAGGACGAGGUGGUUAUUCAGGAGGUGCUGGUCAAGGUGGAAGAGGUGGAUACAGUGGCGGAGCAGGUGGAAGUAGAGGUGGAGCAGGAGGUGCCCCAUCAGGACUUUAUGGUACUCCAGGAGCAGGUUCGGGACAGCGAGGACCCGACGGAUAUAGAUAUUAAGAGAGAGGAUGCUAGCUUGCCAUACUGAUUAGUAUUUUAUUUUAUAGUGUGUGAAUUUUGUACUAUACAUUUUGUAAAUAGAAACUUUUAUUUUAGGUAAAUAAAUAUAUACAUUUUUAUA